UCUUCAACGGUCCCUUUUCCUUCAAACGGCUAUUUCUCUCUCUAAAAACUUUCUAAUUCCCACCUCGACUUUCAAACCCUCCAAUCCCCACACAAUUACAAGGAAACCCCAUUUUCCUUUCCUCUCAGGAAAACAAAAAACAUUUCCAUUUCGUUUCUCCUAAGAAAAAUAAGGAAAAAAAAAAUAUCAGAGACGAAAGCGAUUCGCAAAUCUCUUGGUAAGCUACAGUUGCUUCAAUAUGUCUAAUGCUCAAACUGAUCCACUUCUGCAAGUGGAAACAACCUGUGGAUCCCUUCUAUAUGAACUUCAGAUUAUUUGGGAUGAAGUUGGGGAGGCAGAUACUGAUAGGGAUAAAAUGCUACUUGAGCUCGAACAAGAAUGUCUAGAAGUAUACAGGAGAAAGGUAGAUUUGGCAAAUCGGUCUAGAGCUCAGCUACGCCAGGCAAUAGCUGAUUCUGAAGCAGAAUUGGCUGCCAUCUGUUCUGCAAUGGGGGAGCGACCUGUACAUAUUAGGCAGUCUGAUCAAAAUGCUGGAAGCUUGAAGGAAGAGCUCAGAAGAAUUCUUCCACAAGUGGAGGAGAUGCGGAAAAGGAAAUCUGACAGAAGAAAUCAAUUCCUAGAAGUCCAAGGGCAAAUACAGGAAAUCUCAAAUGAGAUCUACGGAUCCUCAGAAUAUAUGACAUCCAAAAUGGUUGUGGAUGAUAGUGACUUGUCUUUGAGAAAGCUUGAAGAAUUGCACAGAAAGCUGCAUGAACUUCAAAAAGAGAAGAGUGAUCGCCUGAGGCAGAUUCAAGAACACCUCUGUACCGUGAACUCGCUUUGUUCAGUGCUUGGUGUGGAUUUCAAGCAGAUAGUAACUGAAGUUCAUCCAAGUUUAGGUGAUUCUGGAGAGCCCAAGGAUAUAAGUAAUGAUACAAUUGAGCAGCUGGCUGCUGCAAUACGAAAGUUGCGAGAGGUUAAACUACAGAGAAUGCAGAGGCUCCAAGAUAUUGCAACUACCAUGUUGGAGCUCUGGAAUUUGAUGGAUACGCCAAUUGAAGAGCAACAGAUGUUUCAGAAUGUUACCUGUAAUAUAGCUGCUUCAGAACAUGAAAUAACUGAACCAAACACUCUCUCAGUGGACUUUAUUAAUUAUGUUGAAGCAGAAGUCUCUCGGUUGGAAGAGUUGAAGUCAAGCAAAAUGAAAGAGCUUGUUCUGAAGAAGAGGUCAGAGCUAGAGGAGUCCUGUAGAAAGACACAUAUGGUUCCAGAAGUAGAUAGCACAAUGGAAGACGCAAUUGAAGCAAUAGAGUCUGGAGCUGUGGACCCUGCUUAUAUCCUUGAGCAAAUUGAGCUUCAGAUUGCUAAGCUUAAAGAGGAAGCUUUUAGCAGGAAAGAAAUUCUUGAAAAGGUUGAGAAAUGGUUGGCUGCAUGUGAUGAGGAGAGUUGGCUUGAAGAGUAUAAUAGGGAUGACAACCGAUACAAUGCCGGAAGAGGUGCUCAUCUUACUCUCAAGCGUGCUGAGAAAGCUCGCGCUUUGGUUAAUAAACUUCCAGCAAUGGUUGAUGCAUUGACUUCAAAAACCAUGGCAUGGGAGAAGGAGAGAGGCGUUCCAUUCACUUAUGAUGGUAUCCGUCUCUUGUCUAUGCUUGAAGAGUACAAUUUGCUACGGGAAGAAAAAGAACAAGAACGACGUAGGCAGCGGGACCAGAAGAAACUCCAGGGACAGCUGAUAGCAGAACAAGAGGCACUUUAUGGGUCAAAACCCAGCCCUUCGAAGACCCAGAGUGUGAAAAAAGCUCCUAGGAUGUCAACUGGAGGUGCAAGCAGUAGAAGACUUUCAGUUGGAGGAGCAAUGGUUCAAACUCCCAAACCCAUUAGGAAGAGUGACCGAGUACACCAUAACAACCAACUGAAUCCUCAAGACGAUUGCUUUUCAGUUUUAUCAGCUGGUAGAAGAGGCUUGGAUAUUGCUGGUCUCCCUGUAAAAAAACACUCAUUUGGCAAUGCAACUGUUCGUGAAGCAGAGUCACCCAUGAUGCGGGUACCAUUCUCGCCCAUCUCUUCCACAGCAUCAUCAAAGAACAAGACAAAUUUGUCGGAUGAUCUGAACAUGACACAUAGUGAGACAUUGCAGAAAACACUUGCAACUACAAACAAUAUGAAGUUCACUACUCCCUCCAAGACAAUUUCUUUGGCAAAUGAAGAGAACAAAACUCCCAACGCUCAGGCCAUUCUUCAUGUUCCCUCAACACCUUCAACAGUGUCAGUUCCUAUGCAGACAGUUAUGACUCCGGCUCCCCCACCUGUCUCUUUUGGCACCAAGGUAGUUGAAGACAUUCCUGAAGAGAUUGAAUAUUCAUUCGAGGAAAGGAGAGCUGGUUUUGUGCUUCCAAAAUCACAUAUAAAGUCAUUGAUACAAGUAUGAUUAGUUUUAGGUGGACUUGUUUUUUUAGCAUGGUUUUCAAUCCGAUCUCUCUUUUUUUCCCUUUUGGUGUUUAUGAUGGCUAAGUCAAGUGUAAUUGGCUUUUCUGAUUUGCCUACAUUGUCUACGAGUACUGAAUCUGGACUGGGAUGUUGAACUCGUCCUCUCCUGUCUGAUGUGAUCUCUCACUUUUUAAAUGUGCUUAAAGUUCCAAUCUCUUUUUCUUUAA